CCCUUGUACACAGUCAUUGUAACUAGAAGACUUGUUUUUUGUUUUGGAAAUGCGUGGCGGAGAGGCCAAUGAAGGAGUCGAAAAACUAUUGGAAAUGAGUAUCUAGUACUUCCAAAUUUGGUCGUCAAUUUAUAGUGUCUGAGUAAGGCACUUGAAAAUCUUGAUACAGCCAUACAGGUACCAUUUCUUGAAGGAUCCAAAGCUAUUUUGUAUAAUGAGCUAGGGUCUCUAAAGCAUGAAAAACUCAAACAUGGCUGCAAUUUUUCUUUUACUUCUUCUUCUUCAAGUUGCAGUGCUCAACAAGGGAAUAUCAGCCUAGGUGCUUCUCUAUAUCCCAAUAACAACUCAUAUUGGUUAUCGAAUUCAAGUCAGUUUGCCUUUGGCUUCUACAGGCAAGGAAAUGACCUAGCUGUAGGUAUCUGGUUCGAGAAAACCAAUCCGAAAACAAUCAUCUGGACAACAAAUCGUGAUGCUGUUAAACAAGAGCCACUUGCUAAUGAUGUUCAAUUGACUGUGAGUGACAAAGGAGUGGAGCUCAUUUCAACAAACAAGAAUGCCUUCCUUAUACCAAUUUCAAAUUCUUCGCAGCCUGCUGUCAGGGCCUCCAUGCUUGAUUCAGAUACCAUUGUAUCCAGGCAGCGUCUGUUGGCUGGAACAAAGCUCACCUCCUCCUUCUUGAACACGAAUCAUGCAAGUGGAAGGUUUCAAGUGAUCAUGCAGAGAGAUGGCAACCUGGUUCAGUAUCCAAUUGGUCCAUUUACAUUGAGUUCUAAUCAAUAUUCUUAUUGGAACACUGGGACAUUCACAGCUGGGAACAAUGUGUCCCUCAAUCUUGAUCAAAAUGAGGGGCUCUAUCUUCUUGAUUCCACCGGUUUCAAGAUAAAAAGUUUGUUUUCUCUUCAGAAAGACCUUUCUAUGUAUCGUAGCUAUCGUCUGACGAUUGAUGCUGAUGGAAUACUCCGGUUGUACUCCUACAGUUUGGUUAAGAAUGAUUCCUGGUCAAUUGAUUGGUCACCAACUGAUAGUAAGUGUGCUCCUAUUGGCCUUUGUGGCCUAAAUUCUUAUUGUGUUCUUGUGGAUCCGGAACCUUCCUGUGUAUGUCUCCCUGGUUUCUUUUUCAUUGACGAAGGCCAAAGAUAUUUAGGCUGCAAGAGGAACUUGAGUACAGUUGGUUGCAAAGGUGAGAAUGAAACUUCAUAUUCUAUUGUUGAUGUGGAUAACAUAGAUUGGGAAAACACUCCAUACUCUAUUCUAUCAUUGGAUAAGACUGCUUGUAAAGAGGACUGUUUGAUGGAUUGUAACUGUGAAGCUGCGAUAUUUAUGGACCAGCAGUGUAGAAAACAAAAGCUCCCUCUACGAUUUGGAAGAACUCCCCAAAGCGAUGUGGUGACAACCUUUGUCAAAAAGGGUACUACUGAUGAGAGUUCAGGUACAAAAAUGGUGAGCAAGGGAAGAAAAAAUAUUAACACAAUCAUAUUUAUCAGCAGCACUGCAACUUUAACUUUUUCACUCGUUUUUAUGGCAAUUACUGGUGUUGUUAUAUAUAGAUAUCGUGUUUGGGAUUACCGAAAGGUUACUAAUUCAGCUGGUGAAGGGUUAAUUGAAGGUGUUACGCUGCGGUCAUAUACAUAUUGUGAACUUGAAAAGGCAACCAAAGGCUUCACCAAUCAAGUGGGAAAAGGAGCUUUUGGGACAGUUUUUAAAGGGGUGAUUGGUGGGAGAGAAGUGGCAAUCAAGCAACUAGAGACAGUGGUGGAUGAAGGAGAGCGAGAGUUUUGUAAUGAGAUGAAUGCAAUUGGGAGAACUCAUCACAAGAAUCUAGUGAAAUUGCUUGGCUACUGUCAUGAUGGAACAAAUAGGCUUCUGGUUUAUGAGUACAUGACCAACGGCUCACUUGCGGAUUUCUUUUUCAAAUCUUAUAGUGGAAGGCCAGCUUGGGAGGAAAGAGUCAGCACAGCCCUCAAUGUAGCUCAAGGUAUACUAUAUCUACAUGAAGAGUGUGAUACACAAAUCAUUCACUGUGACAUCAAACCAGAAAAUAUACUGAUGACUGAGCAGAAAUGUGCAAAGCUUGCUGAUUUCAGAUUAGCCAAGCUGUUGAAAGCUGACCAAUCCAGGACAUAUACUGGCUUCAGAGGAACCAGGGGUUAUGUUGCACCUGAGUGGCACAGGAACAUGUCGAUAACAGUGAAAGCAGACGUGUACAGCUUCGGGAUUGUAUUGUUGGAGAUCAUAUGCUGUCAAAGAGGUUCGACUAUGGACAUACCUGAGGAUCAAUUAACUAUUGAAAAUUGGAUGUACCAUUGUUUGGAGGCCAAUGAACUGGAUAAGCUAGUGAAGGAUGAUGAUGACAUUGACAUGAGUAAACUACGGGAGAUGGUUAAGCUUGGUCUUUGCUGCAUCCAGGAGGAGCCAUCAUUGCGCCCUUCGAUGAAGAAGGUGGUACUAAUGCUGGAAUGGAAUCUAGAGAUACCAUCCCCUCCAAAUUCUUUCAGUUCCAAUCAUUGACGAGCCUUGCACUAGACAACAUCUAGAGUUGGCAAUUGUGUAUGUAGCUGAUUAGUAUACCUGUCUAUUCUUUAGUUUCUCCAUCUUUUCAUUUUGCUUUGUUUUUUUAUUACAAUUGUUCUUCAUAUAUUAUUGCUACAGACGGUAAGGAUAAAAUGAGUAAUAAGAACAUUACAGACUGCAACAUGUCUAAUUAUAGAUGUUUCAUUAAUAUCUGUUGAGUAACAUAUUAUCUUCUAAUAUCUGGUAAGUAAUUGUUCUUGCAAUUGGGGAUAUUCAAAUAUGCCAAGUCUAACUUUCAUAUUCUCUUCAUAAUAUUCGAUGAGCAAUUAGCUUAUGGUUCAAAAGAAGUUUAUUGUAUAGUUUUUUACCUCUUGAUUGGGGAAUAACAUUGUUGAAAGGGAUCAAAGGAGUUGAAGAUUGGAAAUGAACGUGGCGGCCUCAUUGCAAACUUUUCUAAGGAACAUUGUUGAAAGUUUUACUUCAGAAAGAUGAAUGUGAGUUUUAAUAGAUUCUUAACUACCGAUCAAAGUGCAAAGAACAAAAUGAGUAAAUUCUCCAAAACUUUGAAUUUCAGUAAUUUUGUCAUUGUCAGGUCAAAAUUCACACAUGUUAAUUGAAUUUUGACACAUGUAGCUCACUAAAGUUUCAAAAAAAUUUACAAUAUUCUGAAAUUUUAACGAUAAAGUUAACGACAGUGAGUUAAGUGUUAAUAACCGGAAUAUCCAUCUUAGUGGUUAUUUAUUCUACAUUUUUAGUUCGACCUAAAAUAGCAACAGUUCAUCCAAUCAGUUAGUGACCAAAAGUGUGGAACUUACAGAAUUGCUGAAGCAAAGGAAUGUGGUUUCGUAGCUGACACAACCAAUACUCCGCAAUCUGGAAGUUGUCAAUCAAUAUGAUGCGGAGGUUGACCUGCUCGAUAAAGAGACUAUUGUUAGAAAUAGAAUUUAUCCCAGACUUGGUAGGGUAAACAAAGGUAGUAACUAAAUCCGAUCAUAGUUACCUCUGAGUUGUAUCAGUAAUGUGCUUCUAAAUUCCCAAACAAAGACUUCCCUUGUGCACCACAGCCAAGGGCUUAAAAACAAAGACAUAUGUUACACAUAUCAAAUACGAAAAGAAAGACAGACCGUUUAGUUUUUCGACUCCUUCAUUGGCCUCUCCGCCACGCAUUUCCAAGUGCCUAUCUUUC